AUGAGUGUGAGUGCAGAAAAAAUUGUUAAAGUAAAUACUUAUGUUUUGCCAUCUUCUAAUUCUCAUGAAAAAAUUGUCGAAAACUCUCCGCACUGUACGGAGACUGCUCGGAGAGUGUGGAGGAAGAGUGAUCUCUCCGCACACUUAGGAGAGAUGAAUUCAUCUCUGCGAAUUAGAGAUGACAACGGUUCGGAAAUAAUUUCUGAGGGAAGUGAGAAAAAGAUAAAUUUGAAAGCGCGGAAAGUUUCUGGAAAUGUGAAAGGAACUGCAGCAUGGAGAGACGAGAGACAUGCAACAUCCUCAAGCAAAGUAGAAAAAGCCUAUGGAGAAACUAAGAAUUCACGUGAACAAAAUGAUUUGAACGUGGUCCAAGACACGAAGGGAAAAUAUGAAGAAACGGGGGAGGAGACAAAUGUAAAAGUGAUCAAAGAACAUAAUGGUGAAGAGUUGAACAGUGUUCCAAAUGAUAUCAAGCAAGAUGGAGAAAUGGAAGACACAUUACUAGAGAAAGGAGAUGCAGAUCAUAGCAAAAUUGGUUCAGUAUCUAGGAAAUCAACAGACAAGGAAAAUGAUUUGAUUAAUAGCAAGCAUGAUACACUGCAGGGGGAAAAUGCUGGCUCUGUUGUAUAUAGUGAUCCUGGAUGUGAGAAAAAUGAGGAAAAUAUCAUCAGUCAAGAAGUCAGUUCAAAUGCCGAAGCUGAGGGUGAGAGUCAGAAUAGUGGUCUAUUUACUUUGACAGAUCGCAACGAAGCAAAAGCAAAUGACUGUGCAGUAACGAUUUCACCAGAUGAAAGCCAAGGUUCUGUGGAUGAUGUAGCAUUACCACAGGUAUCUGAAUUGGAACAUGAUGCGGAAACUAAGUCGAAAGGCAAUAGAAAUGUUUCUGAGACAGAUGGUGCUUUAAGUUCUAAUGCGGUCAGUGCUAACAGCUAACUAAUUUUUUUUCCU